AUGGUUGAUGCGAAACAUACUAAUCUGCAUGGAUCAGCGAUUGCACAAGGAGCUCGUGGAAUGGUACAGUUCGUAACACAGUAUCAACAUGCUGAUGGGAGAAAAAGAAUUCGAGUAACAACCACGUGCAGAUCGUGGGCGGAUAUGGCAACCCAACAGCCGAACAUUGCUUAUGGAUUUGAUCAAGUGAGCUUCUGCUUUUUUUUGACAUGGCUUUGUGAAGGCUCAUUUACUGUAUUCGGUGUUUCUAAAGCGGAUCUCUAAAA